UUGCUUGCUUGAGGGCUCACUAAUCCUUUUCAUCGCCUUAGUACAUACCAGCAUGUUGACCCAACGUGAAGAAGACAUCUCGAAGAUGCUCGCCGCCAUGGUGCACAUUGGCACGCGCAACGCCGAUGCUCAGAUGGGCGACUACAUCUGGCGCCGCCGCAACGACGGCAUCCACAUCAUCAACGUCGGCAAGACGUGGGAGAAGUUGAUGCUCGCCGCCAAGAUCAUCGUCGCCGUCGAGAACCCGGCCGAUGUCAUUGCCAUCUCGGCCCGCCCGUACGGCCAGCGCGCUGUCCUCAAGUUUGCCCAGUACACGGGCUGCCAGGCCAUCGCCGGUCGCUUCACGCCCGGUACGUUCACGAACCAGAUCACGAAGCAGUUCCGCGAACCCCGCCUCUUGAUCAUCACGGACCCGCGCACCGAUGCCCAGCCCGUGCGUGAGUCGGCUUACGUCAACGUGCCCGUGAUUGCCUUCUGCGACUCGGACUCGCCGCUCCGCUACGUCGAUGUCGCCAUCCCGGCCAACAACAAGGGCAAGCUCUCGAUCGGUCUCCUUUACUGGCUCCUUUCGCGUGAGGUCCUCCGCCUCCGCGGCACGAUCUCGCGCGCCCUCCCCUGGGAGGUGUCGGUCGACCUCUUCUUCUACCGUGACCCGGAGGAGCUCGAGAAGGCCGAGGAAGCCCAGACGGGCGUCGCCGACGAGGCCAUGGGCCGCGCUGGCUGGACCAACGAGGCCGUCGCCGCUGAAGCUGCCACGGAAGCCCCCACGCUCUACACGGCCGAGCCCACCGCUGAGUGGGGCACGGCUGGCGGUGAGUGGGGCGCCGAAGCCGCCGCCGGCGGCUGGGACGCCACGGCCGCUGCCCCCGCCACGACCGGCUGGGACAACUAAACUAUCUACUCGAAAGGAUUGAGGAACCGAGGUCGUCUGUAGAUUACAUGGACAAUACGACGGUGUUUAGCGAUGGCACCUGGUUAAUGUAAUACACCAUACAGUCGCCUCUCACAACUA